UCGAGGUCGAGAAGCUCCAGGUCGAGCAAUUCGAGCAAUCCGCCUACCUACGGGUACCACAACACCUUUCACACACACGCACAACUGCCUCCUCCUGUACCGCCGCCCACGUAUGCCGCCGCAAACAGCGAAAGAACACUGAGACAGCUCAAUGAGAGGGCACGAGCGGAAAGCGAGCUUUGCCCGCUUCCUGCAUACACUUGCUCAGUGGGAGUCAGUGGCGAGCUAGGAUUGAAGCAGGAGCUCUCCUCGCCUUUCCAGGUUGCGAGCAAUCGCGAAUGGCAAGAGACGUUUGUGGUUCUACAGGGCACACAAUUGAGCAUCUACCGACCCAAAUCCCCCGGUCCCUUCAGCAAAACAAAGGCAGUUGGCGCAGGACGUCUCAUCAAGAGCUUCUCCCUGCAGCAUGGCGAAAUCGGUGUCGCGGGCGACUUCAAGAAGACGAGACCCGUCCCGAAGUCGCCAUUUGCUCAUCUGAUACCUGGCUCCGCCCGCCAGAAGCUCUUUGCGACGGACCCCCAUCUCUUUGAACCCGUCCGGGAGCAUGUUCUCCGCUUGCGAUUGGAAACAGAGCAAUUCCUGCUCUGCGCUCCAUCGCAGGAAGAAAUGUUGGACUGGGUCGAGAAGCUGUGUGCGGCUGUGGACAUCAGCCCACCUCUGGAAGAUCGCAGCGAGCCUCGGUAUCGAAGCUUACCCCGGAGACAGCGCCGUCAGCGAAUGCUCGACGGAGGGCGGCUCGAAAAUCUCGACAAUUUGUUAAGCUUGGAGAGCGGGCGCAUGAUCAUUGCAGAACAGGAACGCAUCAUCCGCCGACUGUAUCCGCAUCUCGCAGGCACAGCUUCCAGUGGUGAACCCGCAAACGAAGGCUCAGGGUCCAACUGCCAAGCGGUUGCAGCCCAUGCAAGCGCUGAUCCAGAGACUGACGAUCUUGACCCCGAAGAUGCUCGCUUCCCCACGCCCCGUCGGACGACCUCCCACACCGGCGAAUCCGAAGAGCGCCCCUCCUCGAGUGCCACUGCGGAUCUAUCUACUGACCCCAAAUCCUCCCCUCCGCAUUCCCACACACCGGCACAGGCCUUACGCUAUCGGAGGCGCUGUGCCCCCGUCCUACUGGCGAACUCCCCAAGGGUCAGCGACGUCGUCUUCAGCGGAGGCAAGCGCAUGCGCAUCAACCCCCGCGAGCGCACUCUGAUCAACCUCGUCCCUCUCCCGCCGCGCUACGACGUCCACAACUUCCCCAAGCAAAAACCCCUCGCCACCAUCGCCGAAGGGGCCGCACCGAAGUUCCCAUCUGCGCCCAUCCUCGUAGAACCCCCAUCGGUGCCCGCCCGCCGCGUCACAGACGACUCGAUGACCUUCGGAUACGACUUGUCGGCUACGUCGUCGUCCGAGCAGAAUGCCUCUGGCAGCGAUGCCGACGACAUCCGAUCAGCGCUCAUGUCGUCUGAGCCGCCGUCGCCUACGCUUGCC